AUGUCCUGUUCAGAAUCUGCACCGCUACUCGAAAAUGGUGGCCAUAUAGGUCAUAGGAACCUCCCCUUUACUCGUGUUGUCAACUUCUUGAAAGGCGAGGGCGAGCCAUCAUGGACAGAAUCGUUCAAGUCCUUUAUUUUUGGGACAUGGUUCAAUAUCCUACUCGUAUUUGUACCUUUAAGCUUCAUCUCACACAAUAUGGACUGGGACGUCGGCCUUGUGUUUUUGUUUAGCUCUAUGGCCAUCGUGCCCUUGGCUAAGCUGUUGGGCGAGGCAACAGAUCAGUUAUCGGUCAAGUUAGGCGAAACCAUCUCAGGUCUCCUCAAUGCAUCCUUUGGGAAUGCUGUAGAAAUCAUUGUUGGUGUUGCUGCUUUACUCAAUGUCAAUAUUUGCGAUAGAAUGUCCUUGGAUCAGAUGAUUGGAUCGAUCUUGUCAAACAUAUUGCUCGUCCUUGGUUGUUCGUUUCUCGCAGGUGGAUUAUAUCAUAAACAAGGAUUUUUCAACGGUACUGGAGCUCAGACGUGCCUUAUGACUCUGUUUUGCAUCACGCUUGUUGUUCCUGCGGCCUAUACAAGUACUACAAACGCUGGAAUGCAGAAUCAUUGCAACAAUCUCGAUGAAUGUCCCACUGCGGGUCUUCUCUUCAUCUCCAGGGGAACUGCCAUAUUGCUCCUAGGGGUUUACUGUGCCUACCUGUGGUUUCAGGCAUGUUCUAAUAUCUUAUUUCUUCAAUGUACUCAUCCAAGGGUUCAGUUAAAAUCCCAUCCCUUUCUCUUCACCGCGCCUUCUUCACCUACGGCUGAACAAAACAGUAAGGUAACGGUGGCAUUGGCAGAAACGGAGGAAACGGAGCCUCGCAUGGGAACGGCCGCUGCUGGUGUUGCACUUUUAUUGGUCACUGUCGUUAUUGCUUUUUGUGCUGAAAAUCUGGUUGCCUCCAUUGAGGAAACUGCAGUCCGCUAUUCCAUCCCGAAGGCCUUUAUUGGUGUUAUCUUGUUGCCGAUCGUGGGUAAUGCCGCAGAACAUGUCACUUCAGUCUGGAUGGCAAUGAAGAACAAAUACGAGCUCACCAUCUCCAUUUGCGUUGGGAGUUCGAUUCAAAUUUCCUGCCUCGUAGUGCCACCUCUUGUGAUCGUCGGUUGGAUGUACGAUCAUGUAUUGCAUCUCUUUCUAACGAAUCUUCAGACAACCGUCCUCUUUGCAUCUGUCUUCCUGGUCAAUCUACUGCUCAUGGACGGAAAGGUCAAUUAUCUGGAAGGUCUCAUGCUCCUUACCCUCUACUUUGUCAUCGCACUCGCUUCAAAUCUCAUGUUUUGGAAAUAUCAAUGA